AUGAAAUUUUUAAUCCUCACAUCAGAUGUCAACCAACCAUACGUGAUUCCAAAUGUAUCACCAGUGUCGUCACCAAAUUUAGAACCAAUCAAUGGUAACAACGAGCACAAAGACUUCGCUGUUGAUAGACGGAUGUCUGUUAUUCACAUACACUAG